UCAGUAUCAUACUUUCUGUUGUACACAUGUAUGGGAUAUCUUAGAAUGCUGUUACCUAUGAUGAUGUGCAUGUCAACUUCACUUGGGAAGAGUGGACGUUGCUGGAUCCUUCCCAGAAGAAACUCUACAAAGAUGUGAUGCUGGAGACCUACAGGAACCUCACUGCUAUAGGAUACAGUUGGGAAGACCACAAUAUUGAAGAACAUUGUCAAAGUUCUAGAAGACAUUCAAGGCUUGAAAGAAGUCAAACUGAUGGAAAACCUUCGUUAUGUGUUGAAACCUUUGCAUAUGGAAGUCAUCUUCAGUGUAAUGAAAGAACACAUAAUGGAAAGAAACCCUAUGAGUGUAAUCAAUGUGGUAAAGCCUUUGUAUGUUUUAGUCUUCUUCAAACACAUAAGAAAACACAUACUGGAGAGAAACCCUAUGAAUGUGAUCAGUGUGGUAAAGCCUUUGCAAGCUACAGUAAUCUUCUAAGGCAUAAAAAAACUCAUUCUGGAGAGAAACCUUAUGAAUGUGAUCAGUGUGGCAAAGCCUUUGCACGUUAUAGUAAUCUUCUAAUACAUGAAAGAAUGCAUACUGGAGAGAAACCCUAUGAAUGUAAUCAGUGUGGCAAAGCCUUUGCAUUUCACACUUCUGUUCAAUGUCAUGAAAGAACACAUACUGAACAGAAACCCUAUGAAUGUGAUCAAUGUGGUAAAGCCUUUUCACAACUCAGUAAUCUUCAAAUGCAUGAAAGAACACAUACUGGAGAGAAGCCCUAUGAAUGUCAUCAAUGUGGUAAAGCCUUUGCACGUCACACUCACCUUCUAAUGCAUGAAAGAACCCAUACAGGACAGAAACCCUAUAAGUGUGAUCAGUGUGGUAAAGCCUUUUCACAACUUUGUAAUCUUAAAGUGCAUGUAAUGACACUUACUGGAGAGAAACCCUAUGAAUGUAAUCAAUGUGUUAAAGCCUUUGUAUGUCACAGUCAUCUUCUAAUACAUGAAAGAAUACAUACUGGAGAGAAACCUUAUGAAUGUAAUCAGUGUGGUAAAGCCUUUGCGUGUCACAGUUCUCUUCAACGCCAUGAAAAAACCCAUACUGGACAGAAACCCUAUGAAUGUAUUCAAUGUGGUAAAGCCUUUUCACAACUCAGUAAUCUUCAAAUGCAUGAAAGAAAACAUACUGGAGAGAAACCCUAUGAAUGUAAUCAAUGUGGUAAAGCCUUUGCACAUCUCGGUCAUCUUCAAUGGCAUGAAAGAAUACAUACUGGAGAGAAACCAUAUGAAUGUAAUCCGUGUGGUAAAGCCUUUGCAUUUAUCAAUAGUCUUAAAAAUCAUGUGAAAAAAAUCAUACUGCAGAGAAACCAUAUAUAUGUAGUCAAUGUGGUAAAGUUUUGUACUUUAUACAGGAGUAAAACUUUUUGUAUGCAAUCAAUCUUUUAAAGCUUUUGCAUAUUGUAGUAGACUUUGAGUCAGUAGUUCUGAAAAAACUAAUUCUGAAACUCUUGUUACUAUAAAGUAUUUGGUAAGAUCUUUAGCCAACACACUUGCAUUAAGUUGCAUAAGUGUAUUCUGUAGAAGAAAUUUUGACAGUGUCAACAACCUAUUGAAGCAUUAUGAUGUCUGUAUUUUGUUUGUACCUGCAAACUCAUGAAAACAAGCCAUGUGAAUAUAAAUGAUAA